AUGCCUCAAAACGAGCAUAUUGAAGAGCACAUUAAGCGCCAUGGUCGGCGAUUCGAUCACGAAGAGCGCACGCGAAAGCGACAAGCUCGUCAGGCACAUAAAGACUCUCAAUAUGCGCAAAAGGUGCAUGGAUUGAAGGCGAAAUUAUACAACAAGAAGCGUCAUGCGGAAAAGAUCCAAAUGAAAAAGACCAUCAAACAACAUGAAGAAAAGAAUGCCAAACAAAAGUCAGCCGAUGCAGUACCGGAAGGUGCGGUACCUGCCUAUCUUUUGGAUCGUGAGGGUGAAGAUCGUGCCAAGAUUUUGAGCAACAUGGUCAAGCAGAAGCGGAAAGAAAAGGCUGGCAAAUGGUCUGUACCAUUGCCUGCUGUCCGUGGUAUGGCCGAAGAUGAAAUGUUCAAGGUCGUCAAAACCGGUAAAUCCAAGAGCAAGGCCUGGAAGCGUAUGAUCACCAAGGCAACCUUUGUCGGCGAUGGCUUCACUCGUAAACCACCGAAAUACGAACGCUUUGUUCGACCUAUGGCUAUGCGUUACAAGAAGGCACAUGUCACACAUCCGGAACUGAAGGCUACGUUCCAGCUGCCGAUCAUUGGCGUCAAAAAGAACCCACAGUCGCCAUUGUAUACCCAGCUUGGUGUCAUCACCAAGGGUACCGUUUUAGAGGUGAAUGUCUCGGAAUUGGGCUUGGUGACCACUGGCGGUAAGGUCGUCUGGGGUAAAUACGCUCAAGUCACCAAUAAUCCAGAAAACGAUGGCUGUAUCAACGCUGUACUUCUUGUUUAA